AGGUGGGGGCGGACCCGGAAGUGCUCGGCCGCGCCCGCGACCCCGGCGCCCCGGAUGGGGAAGGAGACGGGCGACCGUCUUACCCCGGCCGCGCAGCCCCAGGAACUGCGGGCAGGAACUUGGCUGUAUUGUCCUGCCUCAGAGAGCAAACUCAUCUACUGCAGGCCUGGCCUGGGUUGCUGCCUUUGAAACUCGGAACAAUACCAACCAUACCACAGCAUGGAAUUUCUAGAGAGGUCUUAUUUCAAAACUUUAUAAAGAACAAGAACCACAUGGACUUGUGCAAGGGAGGUGGAACUGGCCUGUGUUUGAGGGAGAGGAUCAUGUGUGCCCAACCUGGAACUAACACGAAGGAGGCCAAGUGGCAGAAGAUCUUGUAUGAACGACAGCCCUUUCCUGAUAACUAUGUGGACCGGCGUUUCCUGGAAGAGCUCCGGAAAAACAUCUAUGCCCGGAAAUACCAGUACUGGGCGGUGGUAUUUGAGUCCAGCGUGGUGGUACAGCAGCUGUGCAGUGUCUGUGUUUUUGUCGUUAUCUGGUGGUAUAUGGAUGAGGGUCUUCUGGCCCCCCUGUGGCUUUUUGGGACUGGCCUGGCUUCUUCACUGAUUGGUUAUGUUUUGUUCGAUCUCAUUGACGGAGGUGAAGGACGGAAGAAGAGUGGGAGGACCCGGUGGGCUGACCUGAAGAGCGCCCUCGUUUUCAUUACUUUUACGUAUGGUUUUUCGCCAGUGCUGAAGACCCUGACGGAGUCUGUCAGCACAGAUACCAUCUAUGCCAUGGCGGUCUUUAUGCUCUUAGGCCACCUCAUUUUCUUUGACUAUGGCGCCAAUGCUGCCAUUGUAUCCAGCACGCUGUCCUUGAACAUGGCCAUCUUUGCUUCUGUCUGCCUCGCGUCACGCCUGCCCCGGUCCCUGCAUGCCUUCAUCAUGGUGACAUUUGCCAUCCAGAUUUUUGCCCUGUGGCCUAUGUUACAGAAGAAACUGAAGGCGUGUACUCCCCGCAGCUACGUGGGAGUCACACUGCUUUUUGCAUUUUCAGCCUUGGGAGGCCUGCUGUCCAUCAGUGCUGUGGGAGCCAUCCUUUUUGCCCUUCUGCUGGUUUCCAUCUCUUGUCUCUGCCCUUUCUACCUCAUUCGCCUGCAGCUUUUUAAAGAAAACAUUCAUGGGCCUUGGGAUGAGGCCGAAAUCAAAGAAGACUUGUCCAGAUUUCUCAGCUAAGUUAGAGACUUCCAUUCUGUUAUUAAGGCAAGCUGAUAGAGUAGCCUCCUAACUAGUAUAAGAUUUGAAUCUUACAAGAGUCCCAUUCUGGAAGCAAUGUACCAAUGUGGGUUGGGGAACAGAGAUCAAAAGAAAAAACUAACCAAAGGCGUGGGUGGUGAAGGUGCUUGCCCUUUCUGUUAUUUUGUGGAUGAAAAAGCUUCCUGGGGCCCUCUUGAAUUCUUGCCUGUCAUCCACUGUAACAAAGUGAUGUGGUUUCUAUUUAUUAAAUAACACAUCCAUUAAGUUGUCUCACGAUUUUUCUGUAAGCAGAAGGCUGACGGAAGGGGCGUGAAGAUUGAAGAGAGAAUGAAAAUAUGUGUGUUGAUGAGUAAAGUCACUUCGCUCUACCUUUAUCUAGAGCUCAAAUGCUAGAAUCCUGGAUGCUGUGCUCUCUUAUUGGCUAAGAUCACAGAAUCCGUCACUUCACCUUGACUCCCGAGUUUCUCCUUCGUUCUCAGUGAAGCAUGGACACACUACAAGGGAGAGUGUGAUGUUCAUAAUACAUAAUCAGAAUGCCAGGGCAUUCAGAGAGGCUGAAGUAGUUAGGAACUAUUUGCUAGAGGAGGUGGCAUUUGAGCUUGGUCUUGGAGGUUAGGCGGGAUUUAGGUAAAAGAUGGUUUUAGGGCAAGGUGGCAAAGGCCUUUAGGAACCAGGUCAGUAAUAAGAACAAGUGAAGCCAGCAGACUUCGUGUGACGAAUGGCAGCUGAACGCUGAAUGGAGUGCGCCCUGACCAGCGAGGGCAGCCGCCGCUCCCCCUGAGGGUUUCUAGCCAGAACGUAGGCCUGGCUGCAGAUCUGGAAAAAGUUCUGAGUAAAAUCCGAAAUGAAAUCUCAGUAUCACAAAUGUGAUUUUUGUCAAAUUCUGUCAAAUUUAAAUCUGGACAGAAACCACACUUGGAUGCAGCCUGAGGCCACCAUUGUGCCACAUCUGUUGUUCGGGUGAGCACAGAGGUGAGGAAGUGUUUCAUGGGGGUUCAGGGUUAUGGGGAUUGGAGGAAAAGUUGGAACAGGAGGUUUGCGUGACAGGAACUUGGGCUUUAUACUGUGGGUCAUUGGGAGCAAUCCAGCUUAUCUAAGCAGGGAGUAAAUGAUUAGAUCAUGGGCUGAUUAUGCAACUGCUCCAUGUCUUGUUUUUCAUCUGUAAAGUGGGAAUGGAAUCUGCAGAACGCUCUGAAGAGCCCUGGACAUGUGGCACUACGUCCGUGUCGGCGGCCACUGUCACCAAGUUGAUCAGUAGGAAGGCUGGAAGACGACAAAGUACAAAACGCAUCAGGUGCUUCCCAGAGGAGCUGGUGUCUCACGAAAUAACUCACUUGGGGCAAGUCCCUGAACCAUCUCACUGGAGAUUAGCCUCAAGUCAGAAAUUUCUUCAGAGGUAGUCGUCUUCCGAAAGAGUUCUGCUGUUUUUCUCCGAACACAGAUUUCUCAAUGUCUUGAACUAGUGUGUUCAGUACUGUCACCUCACAUCAUUCUUUUUCUGAUUUGAAUUUGGACUGAUGAGUAUAGUGUUUCAUUAAAAUGGGUAGUUUUCCCUAAGGCACGUUGGAUUUUUUUCGCAGCCCCAAGGACACUGGCUCAUGGGGAGAGAUGAUCUUGGAAACUGACUUGAGCUCAAAGUGUCCAUCCACUGCCUGUGUUGGCUGUGGCCUUUUCAUGCCUCGGGAGAGGCCAGAACUGGCUCGUAGUUGCUAUAUGGUUCACAUCAGGAACAGGGCCAGGUGUUAGUGGUUGAAGGUAGUAAAGAAUUGUUUAAAAUUGUGCAUUA